AUGCCCACUCAAGUGUCCUCCAUCGACUUGCCCGUGUCUCUCUCGCAGAUCGAGCAGACAAUUAUUAACACCACGCCUCUCGUUCUCUUGGCCGAAACGGUGCUGGCUGUUGGUGGUGCCCGCACGCUGCUGCCUUUAGCCGACGCUGUUGGUGCCAUUACGUGCGAGACGCUGCACGCCAACACGGCAGCAUUUGAGGCCGAGUUUGUAGACCUCGCUCGCCCCCAUCGUGGUAUUGUCACGUCAGCGCAGAACUUGCGUUUGAUUCUGGAUGGAUCCAAGUUUGUUAAUAGCAAGGAGGAAGGAGUCACUGACGUGGCGGCCGUGGGCUGCAUCCCGCAGUACCACGGUCCCGCCCGUGACGCUAUUUUGGCCGCUUACAAGGCAGUAGAAGCCGAGAUCAAUUGCGCUUUUGAUGAUAGCGCUGCUGCCAAGUGUGCUGGUGUAGGCAUCCACCCACAGGUGCUGAAGACGGCGUUAUCAACUACGACAGAAGCGUUACGCGUGCUACUUCAGGGCAGUGUCGAUCGUCUCCAACUGCUGGACACGAAAGUUACCAACGCACUUAAUAUAACGUUUGCUAGUGAUCUCGUGAGUGCCACCGCUACCGCACUCGCGCGCGAGCUAGUACCAUCGUUGAAGUUUUUCGACGAGAAAGAGGCAGAACUGAGACUCCGUUUGGCUGAGAAGAAUGCUAGGACCCAAGAAGCAGAAUCCAAAGCCGCUGCUGCAGCUGCUAAAGAGGAUGAGAAGAUUGCUGCCAUGUCAGAAGCGCAGCACAAGAAAAUUAUGGAGAAGCGCCGCAAAAAAUUUGAGAAGCAGAAGGAAAAGGAAAAGGCAAAAAAAAUGUGGCAAAGACGAGCUGAAGAUUGUAUAGAGGAGUCAGCCUUUGACUUGCGCGCUUCAAGCCUGUCACUAUUCUUAGAAGACCUUUUCGUGCGUCUAGGCAGUGGUGGCACUCGCCGUAAACCGAAGAUUGCGAAGGGAUCACAGGACUUCCUGCCGCAUCAGAUGGCUCUACGUGAAAAGAUCUUUAACAAAAUUCGGAUGGUUUUCAAGCGUCAUGCAGGUGUUGAGAUUGAAACUCCUGUUUUUGAGUUGAAAGAAACACUCACGGGAAAGUAUGGCGAGGACAGUAAGCUUAUCUACGACCUAGCUGAUCAGGGUGGUGAACUGCUGGCAUUGCGUUAUGAUCUGACGGUGCCCUUUGCUCGCUUUAUGGCCCUGCACAGCCCUGGGAACAUUAAGCGCUACCAUAUUGCCCGCGUGUAUCGCCGUGACAACCCACAAAUGGCCCGGGGUCGAUUUCGCGAGUUCUACCAGUGCGACUUUGACAUUGCAGGUACUUACGCGCCUAUGCUCCCGGACGCCGAGGUGCUUUCGGUUGGCAUUGAAGUGUUACAACAAUUCCCAGAGCUUGGCUCCGUGAAGGUGAAGUUGAGUCACCGUUUGCUCCUGGACGCCAUUCUCUCUAUCUGCGGUGUGCCCGCUGACAAGUUCCGCACGACGUGUAGUGCUAUUGACAAGCUAGAUAAGGAACCGUGGAGUGAGGUGCGACGCGAGAUGGUGGAGGAGAAGGACAUUCUUGAGGAGGUGGCCGACCGCAUCGAGCCAUUCGUGUGCAAGGUAGGCUCGCCACAUGACCUGCACGCACAACUUGUGAAGGAGAAAAUGUUCGGCGAUAAUGCGAACGCCCGCCGUGCCAUGGACGACUUGGCGCUUCUCUUCAACUACCUCGAUGCCAUGGGCGUCCUUGAUUUCAUUUCGUUUGAUCUGAGUCUUGCGCGCGGAUUGGACUACUACACGGGUCUCAUCUUCGAGUUUGUACUGACAAGCGCGGAGCAUAAUGUUGGAUCCAUCGCUGCUGGUGGCCGCUACGAUAAUCUUGUGGGUAUGUUCUCUGCAACGGAACAGCAAAUUCCUUGUGUGGGUGUCAGUCUAGGUAUAGAGCGUAUCUUUGGCAUCCUUGAGGCCCACGCCAAAAAGCAGUCUGCCCACACAACCCCGCCGUCACAGGUCCUGGUCGCGUCCACGAGCAACAAUUUGAUGGUGCCGCGGUUAGAGUUGUGCAAGCAGUUGUGGCUUUCCAAUAUUUCGGCUGAAGUGAUGCAGACCGAGAAUCCUAAGUUCAUUAAGCAACUGCACUAUGCUCUGGAGCGUGGCACGCCAUACAUGGUGGUGAUUGGUGAGGAUGAGCUGGCCAAGGGAGUCGUAAAGGUGAAGGACAUGGCAUCAAAGGAUGAAGUGACUGCACCGCGUUCUGAACUGGUUGCUGAGCUACUGCGUCGUGGAUGUCCAACCACUGAUAUCUUGACCAUAUAA